GCUUGACUGGAGGGUUUUCUCUCCCUGGUGUUGCAUUCACAUUCUAAUGCUCAUGUGGUAACAUCCAGCAUUGCUUGGCUUCCCCUGCACAUUGGCUUGAUUCCAGGGAUUUGCAGUAGACAGGAGAGGCGGACAGAAAGAAAGAGAUAGAGAUAAGUGAGUUUAGAAGUAGGUGGGAAAAACAGUUGUCCAGAGAAGGGGGGAAAAGACAAAGCAGGUGAGAGCAAACACAGUUGAAAAGGGGAUCUAGAAGUACCAGUAGUGAAGAAAGGUUGAUUAGCUGACUGUGCACUUCAAAUCCACCAACAUGGCAGCCAUGGAAGCACUGGAAUCCUCAAGUGGCCACUUUGAGCCUCAAACCCUCACUGAAAUCUCAGACGACGAGGUCAACCUUCCACCCUCAGAUGACGAAGACGAUGCCCUCGUAUCAGCCAAGAGAGAGCUGUCCAUCAUGGGCACAGAGGGGGAUGCCGCCGAAGACAAGAAUGAGGCGGCAAAACUGGACCCGCAGGUGAACGGGGUCAUGGUGCUGUCUUUGCUUGACAAGAUCAUCGGCGCAGUGGACCAGAUCCAGCAGACCCAGAGCGGGCUUGAGGCCAGACAGCAAGAGAUGGAGCGCUCUGUCACCAGCAUUCAGGGUGAACUCACCAAACUAUCCAAGAGCCACAGCACCACAUCCAACAGCGUUAAUAAGAUGAUGGAGAAGGUGCGCAAAGUGAGCGUCAAUGUCAAGACAGUACGGGCCACCCUGGAGAAGCAAGGAGGCCAGAUCAAGAAGCUGGAGAACAACGAGGCUGAGCUGCUCAAGAGACGCAACUUUAAAGUCAUGAUCUACCAGGAUGAAGUGAAGGUUCCAUCAAAACUCAGCAUCUCUAAAUCCAUGAAGGUUUCUGAGUCUGUGUCAGGAAGUAGAGGUGGCAGCUUGCUAGAGCUAAAGGAAUCUGUGGAAGAGCCUGGAGCAGAAGAUGGCGAGGGAGAGAAGACAGACAAGCCCCAUGUAGACCUCUCAUCAGAUGAGGAGGGGUUGGAGAUUGAGGAGGCCAUUGAGGAGUCUCGCGCUGAACGCAUCAAGCGCAGCAGCCUGCAGCGCGUACAAACCCUGAAGACGGUUUUCUCUAAGGAGAAGAUGGAUAAGACCAAGGCAAAGACCAGAGAGAACCUGGAGAAGACCAAACAAAAAACCAAGGACAAUCUGGAGAAGACGAAGCAGAAGACAAGAGAGAACCUGGAAAAUGCCAAGCAGAAAACCAGACAGAAUUUAGAGAAGACCAAGCAGAAGACUAAGGAUAACCUGGAGAAGACACGUCACAACAUUGAGAAGAAGAUGGGAAAGCUUGGAACACGCAUGAGUGUCAACCCUGAGCACAAGCAGAAGAUUCAGACAUCCCGUGACAAGAUGAAGAAAUCCCUCACACCAGACCACGUUGUUUACGCCCGGUCCAAGACUGCCGUGUACAAGGUGCCGCCCUUCACUUUCCAUGUCAAGAAAAUCCGCGAUGGCACUGUUGAGGUCGUACAAGGCACUGAGAUGGUGGAAGUGUCCCAGGAGGCUGAGCCCUUCAGCGGGGUGGAUGAGGCAGUUGAGGAGGGCCCAGAAGAGGUUGAGAUGGAGAUGAUGAAUGGAGAAGGGGAUGAAGAAGAGGCUGAGGAGGAUGAAGAGGAGGACAGCCAUGAUGCCCUGCAGGAGAAUGAAGACAGAGAUAGAGACAGCGAUUAGACAAAGAAUGAUGAAUUCGCCAAAAAAGUCUUGUAAACUGAAAACAAAAAAUUAUGAUAGGGAUCAAGACGAUUUCUACAAAAUGAUCAAAAUUUUGAUCUUACUUGUAUUAUUUUGGCCACUAUUCCUAUCAGUUAUAAUAACGUUGUUCUCACCAAAGUAAUUGUUAAGAUCUGGUGAUAUUGCUACAAAGGAACGAUGAAUAAAUCAAUAGUUUAUCCAAAUUAUCCAAACCUUUAUUUGGAGGCAAACUGCACCAAAAUGUCAGUAAUCAUCCGUCAUUGUACAGUUGUUGCUGCUACCUUGAACUAAUUGACUUUACUUUAAAAAAAAUCUGAAACAACCAAUUGCCAAAACAAUAUGGAUACAUUAAUCGAGGGAUUUGUUUGAGUGUGAUUGAUUUGAAAGCUAAUAGAUUGGAAUAUUAUUAUUAGUCUUCAAUACACUAAAAUCCAAAUCAUUUGCACUUAAAAUUUGUAGAAAAAUCAAACAUUGUUGUUGGUAUAAACAUACACAACAAUUAACAUACUAUUUUCAUCCCAAAAAUUACUGUGUCUACAUUAUGCCAGAGCAGUCUAGUCUGCACUUGGAAUCUGUUUUUUUUUUAAUUUUGGGUGUUACCCCACCUCUACCCAGGUUCCUCAUCACCUGUUGAAUAAAGUUAAAUGUUUUUUGAUGAAUUUUGGGUACUCCAGGAGGCACAUUGUUCAUCCAUGACAACACUGGCAACGCAUCCAAGAUGAUCCCUGCUUUUUAUGGGUUUAUGGGUUGUGAUCUUAACCCUACUGAAGACAGGGGAAUCCAACCGAAAUAAGGUUGAAGGACUAAGAGAAACAAGAAAGAAAGGACAAAAUGUCAAUUAAUUUUGGAUUUACCAAAUUUCACAUUGUAUAAAUGGAUUAACAUUAGCCUGUCUAUCUCUAUUGUAGUCUUUUAAACAGAGAAACGGGCAGUGUUUUUGACUGAAGAUAACAUGGCUAGAUCUUAUCUACUGCUGAAGAGAAAGCAACUUUGGUGAUACAGACAGACCAUAUGAAAAACAUGACAUUUGUUUUCUUUGUGAUUCAACAAUUCCUCAUAAUGCCCAAGAGUCUGAGUGAAUUAGCCACGGGCUGGCAAAUUAGUGCAGAUGAGAGAGUGUGGUCAGGAUAAAAAUUGAUGUAUUUAAGUCUGUUCAACCCAAACAUGCCAGAGAAAACCAUCCAUCAAAAGUCCAUCCAUAAUAGUUCCAUAUACUGAGACUGAAUAAAUAAUGCAUAAAGUAUUUUGAGUUAAUUCCAGGUGAACAGUAUAAAUGCAUAACUACGUUAAAUAUUGUACAGUGGGUCAAAGUGGAACCAGGAGCCUGGAAAUAUUUCCCUUUGUUUUCUCUUCCAAAAAAGUUUGGCUGAUAUGUGAGGUGUUUUUUUCUAUCCUGUCUGUUGGUCAGACUGCUCAUGUCAACACCAACUUUUCAGGAAUAUGCUUCAUUGGCCCCAGAGCUCCACUGGCCCUAAAAAGCUUGAGGUCUAAUGUAUGUCAGCUGAUUUGUGCUUGUUUAAUUCAAGCUUUGUAUUUUGAAAUACAACACACAAGUGCCUUAUGGAAGGUUUUGCUGUGAGUCCCCUGAGUAUGUAGAGAAUUAUCGACUGGCUGCUGUAUAAAGUUCCCCUGAAAUGUCUUUUUGCACCUUUCAGCUCAUUGUUUUGGGGGUUUCAGCCCACAGCCUCAGUUACACCAAUCUCAUUAACUUUCAUACCAACAACAAUAGGCAGCAGUUUUCAAUUAAAAUGUUCUGAUAAACCAACUGUACGCUACCUGCCUAGCAACUCCAAAUGAGUGAUAAUGUUGCGUCAUGUCUGCCAGAUGUGUAAAUGGGCAACUCUUUGCUCACACAUUCACCAUGUCAACUAUACAAGGUGAUGUCAGUGUUGUGUUUACAGCAUGUUGUACUUUAAAAUUGACAAAAAUACAAAAGACCAAAGCUAGAGCCCGGUAGUAUUGUUGCUUAGAAAAACUGUACACAUUGCACAGAGAGUGGUAGGAAUGGGGAGUCAGGUGCCUUAUACCUCAUUAUUUCCUCACUCCCCCAUCAGUAUAAUCUGACUGAGUGUUGCCAUAUUCCCAUGUCUCAACAGUUAACUUAGUCAAGACUAUAAUUAUUACUUAUUAUCAAUAGGAAUGAUGGACACUAUUACAAAACAGGACCCAAGAUGGGGAAAAGCAAUUUUCAUUUAGCUAUGUAGGUUGUAUUUUAUUACAACCUGUGCUUAAAAAUCAUUAAGGGCUUAAAAAAAAAUCCCAUAUUUGCACCAGCACUUAAAUGAAUAAA